GAGGGGCGUGUCUGCCCUUACCGCAGAUUCUGCAAGGAAACAAGAUGCUCACAAGCCAGCCUUAGCUCCAUCCCUCGACUCCAUCGUUUCACGAUGGCCGACCCGCAGACGAGGAACUACCUGCUGCUCCUGGUGGGCUGGAUAUCGCUCUACCUCAGCCAGCGGACGGUACCCUCCACCACCUCCCACCUCCAGACAGGCGCCUCUUUCUCGGUGGAGGACGUCGGCUCUCUCCUCUCCUGCUUUGCCGUCACCUACGCCCUCACCAAGCUAGCUAGUGGGUUCCUCUACGACCGUCUGGGCCUGAGUCCCAAGCUGCUCUUCUGCUGGGGUCUUGGGACAGGAGGAUUUCUAUGUCUGCUGUUCCCUGCAACUGCUAAGACUAGUAUCUCUCUCGCGUGUCUUUUAUGGCUAGUGGUAGGGGUCUUCCAGGGGUUAGGCUGGCCGGCUUGUGCCCAGAUGACCAAGCAAUGGUACAAGUCCUCACAACUGGGCAAGAGAUACUUGAUACUGUCUGCUUCGUCUAAUGUUGCUGCUGCUAUCAUUCCUAUCCUCUCUGCAUACAUGGCCACUGCUGUGGGCUGGGAAUCCAUCUAUUACCUCCUGGGGACCAUUUGCAUACUAUUUACUCCUUUCCUUGUCAUGGGUAUAAAAUACCAUCCUCAAAAAGGGGAUGAAAAGAAAGAUGAAAGCUUUAAUAGCCACGAAGAAGUAAAGGAGAGGACAGAAAAAUACCCUUGGUAUAGAGUGUUCUUGUUCAAGGAGUUUUGGCUGGUGACGGUACUCAAUGCCACGGCCUGGACAGUGAAGGCCAGUGUCAUAGAUUGGAUGCAGCUAUAUCUCAUACAGCACAUGGACCACUCUCAAACCAUUGGUAUGCAUGCACCUUUACAACCAAGGAAAACCUAUACUGUAUUUUCCACACUGGCUUGUAUUGCUCUUUUAUGUUGCAAUUCGAUAGCUGCCCAAUGCACGGCUGUGAGUGAAGUUGGUGGUCUUUUGGGGAAGCUCUUGUUUGCUGUCUCAUCAGAUUAUCUUAUUAGCAAGAAAUUGCUGAUUCGCAGGGGUCUCUGUCCCAGAGCACCGGUCCUGCUAGUGUUGGCUCUUCUUCUUUUCCUCUCCACUCAUCUCUAUUCCUACCACGUCUCUCAAGACUCAACAACAGUGAGGGAAAUAGUGUAGAGACUUUUGCUGCAUGUCUACCACAUUCUCUGCAAUAAUUAACCAAAAAAUGUCAUGUACAGUUGGUUGGCAAACACGGCACACUAUACCCAAAUUAUUUGCGAAAGCAUUCUUUCAUGGUUGUGUAAUGUCUAAUGUCCUUGGCUCUGUGUGUUGGAGCAGCUGUGGUUGAUGGUGGUGUUGUUUGGAUUUGGAUUCUCAGCCGGAGGGAUGGUGGGUAUGUGCAGUCUCUCUCUGAUGGAGAGUGUGCCUCCUCCUCUGUCAGCCACUUCUCUUGGCAUCGGAGACUGCCUCACUCAUCUAGUGGGUCGCUCUCUGUUGGGCUACACAGUGUUCAGCUAUGUGGUCAACCACUCAGACUGGGGCUGGAGCUCAGCAUACAGACUGACUGGGACUCUGGCCCUCACCUCUACUGCCACUGCACUGCUGCUGGUGCUCUCUCCUCAUUCCACAGCACACUCCCAAUCCCCUCACAAGAAUAAACACCACUGACAAAAUAUCUUGUGCAAAUUUUACAUGUGUCUGGAACAUGUCUUAUUUUUGUACAACCAAUUGAGUUUAUCAUGUGUGCCUGGAAGACACUUUUUGCCAAGGGUAAUAAUUUAUCAAGUUUACUG